CGCGUUUAUGAACGGUUUAACGCUGGUGCGCUGUACGUGGCUGAAAAAAAUCGUUUGCGAAUAAUUAAAACAAUAAAAUCAUAAUAGUAAUAUUUAAUAACAACAAAAAUGGCAUUGCAAUAAAAACUCGUGCAUUCUGGAAUGCCUCAACGAGUGCGUUCAUGUGUCCAGUUUGUUGCUGAACAAUAAAAUCGCCACAUGUGUUCGCGCCGCAAAAGAAUGCAUUGCACAAAAAUCAAACUGAAAUGAGCAAAUGAGAAAAUUUGUGAAAAAAGAAUUGAAAAAAUUAAAAAUUUAAUUAAUGUGUUUUGCCAACAAAGAAACAUAAUACUUGUUUUAACAAAAGGUUUAAAAAUUAAAAUAACAAAAAACCUUCAUAGUAAAAACACAAAAAAAAAACCAAUUUAAUACUGCGCAUCAUAAUAACAACAACAACUGCACGCACACUCAGUGUGGUCGACACACUCGCACACAGCAGCAUGGGAAUACCACAGUUUUGUGUUCGCUGCAUUCUCAAGCGCCUGCCGCUGCUCACCUGGAUGCUGACGUUGGCAACGCAGCUCGCCAUUGGACAGUCACAAGAUACAUCAAGCUACUACUUUGCCGCGCCCAAUGCACAGACUCGCUUUGUGCCAUCCGCUGCGUUCCAGUCGAAUCGCCAGCCAGCCGCGCAUACAGCCUACCUGUCGGGAUCACGCGGUGGCGCACCGUUGCCCAAUGGUGCUUACAGCCAACCCGAUUCAUAUCAGGAGCAGCUGCUGUUCAUUAGCAAUGACGGCAAGCAGCAGCAGCAGCAGCAGCAACAGCAACAACAGUCACAACAGCAGUCCUCAGCGGCAGCUUACUCGCCAUUUGGUGCGCAAAUUUCGCAAACUCGAAAUCCCGACUUUUACGAUAUUUCACCGCGCCCCUUCGGAGCGCCAGCUUCAACAGGUCUAAGUACCGCAGCUAGCGGCUUCACACGUUCAAAGGCGAUACGUCCGAACAGUGGUGGAUUUGUGCCUUCACAACAAACGCCCAUCCGCGUAAAUGUGCCACAUCAACAGACACAAUUUUUGGCGCACUUCAAUGAACCGGCUUCCGCCUCGGCCAAUCGCCCAUCGGCUAACAGUCUAACUGGUUCCUUUCAACGUCCCUUCGGCAGUGGCGGUUUCGUGCCCACUUCCAAUCGCAAUCGUCCUAUCGCCGCCGCCGCUGCCUCAACAAACUACAAUUCCGAUUUCUCACCCAAUUCAAGCCAGUCUUCGUUUUCACAAACUCCAUUCAAAAACUCACGCAACCGCUUCCAACCCAAUAGCGCCAAUACCCCUACUCCUACAGCCAGCACGGAAGCACCUGCGUCAAGCACUAAACGCUACAAUCGCUUCGGCGCGAGUCGCACGCAGAACUCAUUGAAGUCGCAGCCACAGCAGCAGCAACAAACUGCUUACAACAAUCCCGAGGCCUCAUCGCAGCGGCCGAGCUUUGGACGCGUGACAGGCAACAAGUCAAGCAGCUUCCAGCCGAGGCGUCCAGUGUUCAUAAGUCGCGAGGUCAAUGAGCCCGUAAGUGUGGCAAAAGUACAAAGACCCUUUGCGGCUGGACGCGUGAAAUUGCCAGUUAAGGAUAGCCUCUUCAAGCAAUCCACCACCGCGGCUGUGAAGACGACAUCGGCCGUUACGCCUUCCAGUGAGAGUGAUGAGUACGAUGAAGAGGAGGAUAGUAACUCCGCGAAUUUGGCCGCCACCAAAGAAACCAGUCUGGAGAAGCUUGAAUUGCAUGAGGCUGAAGAGACGACGGUGGCAGCAACUGUUGAGUCUACACAUUCUACAGCAGCCGUAGGUGAAGAGGACACGACAGCGUUGCCCGCAGAUGAUGAAAAAUCAAGCGCGACCGUUGAGCAGGCCACCGCCGAUGAAAUGGACGAUGAGUCAAACUCCGAAGCAGCAGAUGUCACCACAAAUCGAAGCUCGGAAUAUGAGGACGAAUAUGGCGACGAAGAGGAGUCCACUGAUCCAACGGUAACGAUAGCUAAGCAUAAUCAGACAUCGACUAGUGCGGCAGCAGAGUCUGCUACAAUCUCUAGUACAUCCGAAGCUAAAGUGACCACAACCACCGAACUACCACUGACUAGCGUAAGCGAUGAGGAGCUUGAGGAUGCGAAUGCUGAUAUACUUACAACUGCACCACACGAGGCCACCACGCCUAUGCCGCCAAAUCAUAAAGUGACUGAGGAGGAUGAAGCGCAGGAAAACGAGGAUGCCAACUAUGAAGCUAGCGCAGAUUAUGAAGACGAAGAAUACGAAGAAGAAGGUGGAGAAUUAGAAGAGACUGAAGACGCAAACCAAGAGCGAGAGCGCGAUGCAGAGGCAAGCAGUUCACCUCAAGACGAUAAAGACACAAUUGAUCGGGAGGUGGUAUCCGUUGUAACCACCAAGAGUGUCGUAAAUGGCUCUACUGCAUUCCCUUCACCGGUAACUCAACGUUCGACGACGACACUUGCCAGCGACGAAGAAGCCAUCUUUGUGGAGAACAAUAUGCAACCGGCUAAGGUGGAUGAGGAGAAAGCUGCUGAAGUGCUGGCAAUUGAAAAGACUGCUGACAAUUCUACGGCAAAUGAUGAGUCCAUGAGCAAUACAACCGAGAGCUACGUGGUAAUCGCUUCCAUACAAACCAGUCGCAGCAUCAAUGGCGCACGCUUCCUGCCCUUCCCCGCCAUCGAACAGGAAGAGACAAAGCAGACACUCUCCGAGUUGGAACGCAAGAUACAUUCGCAGAAAACAACAUCGAAGAAAAAUGGGAAGAACGUGGACACCGAUGAGCCCAUGGAUAGUGGCGAAGAAGUGAUGUCUCACACGGUGGACAAGUCCAGCACAAAUACGGCUGCAUCUUCAACAGAGAGCAUUAUUGACAAGUUGGAUCGCGUGCAAUCGGAGCUAUCGAGUGGCCUACUCUCAGGGAAAUAUCCAAUCAUCACCGAAAUGGACGUUUCUACAAAAGCGACCACCACUACCUCAGGCUCGAGAUUCGUGCCCAAUAUACGUAAGUUCCAACCAAAGACCACCGCCGCCUCAAAGGUUAAGGUGCAUCACUUCGAUGAGAGUGAAAUGGAUGAGUUAGCUGGACUGCUGCCAGUCGGUUUCAAGCCCCGUUCCUCGUAUAAGAACCGCAAGAUUACGACUACAACAACGUCAACGACGAUUGCGCCCGACGUUACGGAAGCUGAAGUGAAGAAACCAGCGCGCAACUCUACAAUUGGUCGUUCGUUCAAGAAUAAUGCUGUGGUAGCGCAAGACGUGGCGGUGGCUGGACUCUUGCCCAAGGGCUAUAAGUCACCCGCUACGACAGAGGCGACUACUAAAGCCGACAUCAAGGACCUGUUCAGUAAGAUUAAAUUCGAUGACAACCUCGAUAAGCUGCUGCCGAAAGACUACAAAGAAAAGGCAGCUACAACCCCCAAGCCAGCGGUAACGCUAGUGGAUGAUAUAUCGAAGUUUUUGCCACCAGGUUACAAGUUGAGCAGCACUGCCACGCCAAUGCGUAAGCCCGUUGCCGCUGUGUCACAUGAUAUCAGCAAGCUAUUGCCUCCAGGCUACAAACCACCUGCUAAAUCCGACGAUGAGUCUGAUAAAUUGGCUGGCGCCAUAAUACCACUAAAGGCAGAUGACAUUUCGAAAUUCCUUCCACCGGGCUUCAAACUCAAUGAUACAAUUAAGAAGGAUACAUUGCCAGCACCUGAGACCAUUGACAUUUCCCAGCUACUACCGAAAGGUUUUAAACCCACAGUAGCGACAGAGAAAGCGGUUCAAAAGACCGAGGUGAAAACGGUGGAGGAAGCCAUGACAACACUAACUGUCUCCUCAACUACCGAGUCCAGCACCGGCGAUGACCCACUCGCCAGCACUACAGCUGCUUCUGGUUUCAAGGUCGUCUUCCCUAAGGGCGUACACAAGCGCUUAGGAGCCACACGCUUAACCACACCACGCACAGUUGGCGAAGUUCAAAAUAAUGAGGCAGGCAACUCCCCAGCGGUGGUUAUCAAAAAGGGCCCACCCACACGCGCCACCACCGAGUUCACUGGCUGGCCCACACCGUCCACAACGCCCAUCUCGAUUGAGAAGCUAUUGGAACUCAGCAGAACGGUGAGCAUCAACUUUGAAGAUUUACUAUCGUCCAGCAGCACAUCCACCACAACAAGCACAACUACAACAACGACCACGACAACGCCACGCCCCACAAAACCUGGACACUGCACCGCCGAUUGUGAUCUGGCAGCAACCAUAAAAAUCAUAGAUGGUGUAGCUUGGAAGCCAGAACUUUUGGAUCAUAAUACGCUCGAGUGGAAAAAUCUAGCGCACGAAGUGGAGGCAGAGCUCAACGAAGUCUACGCCAAGGCGCCACAACUAAGUCGCUGGUACAAGAAGGUGCGCAUCGACAGCUUCAGUCAGGGUAGCGUGCUUGUAGACUACUAUGUCGAGUUGGCCAACAUCACAGAUGAUGUGAACACGCUAGAGAUCAAGAAACUCUUCCACGAUGCUUUAACACACCCACCACCGGAGAUGAUUUUGGCGCACAAACCAGAGACAGAGAACGAGACCGACAAUGAGGAUGAAGAGGAAUCGGCCAGCGGAAAGUAUCGCGAAGCGAAGGAAGAGAAGCUGAUCAAGGAGACAUUCCUAAUGGGCAAAUACGUUAUCGAUCCGGCGGCAACAGACUUUAGUGUUAUACCCAAAUCGCUGUCACCUAUGGUGGAGUUCGCCGAGGAAGAUUUGCUGAUACCGCAAUGGGCGAUAGUAGUUAUUGUUAUUGGCGUAGGAUCACUGAUAUUUGUUGUCAUUUUCGGCGUGACUGUGCUCCUCAAUCGUCAAAAGCGCUCUAAAAAGACGCCCAUAGCGCUGACCAGUGACAUGCUGAACGAGCUGAAGGUCAAUCAUAUGGGUGGUGCGGAAAAUUAUGGCGUCGAUGAUUUCUAUAAUAUAGAUGAUGCAUGGAACGAUACCAAGCAACCGAUAAAACCGAAGCGUUUCACCAAUUCCCUGCACGGCAGUAAUAGUUCCAAUAUCUACGAUAGUUGGCGUUCCACUCGUCACGGUGACUAUUUCCACGAUUCUCAAACUAAUUACUCACAAAAGGGUGAUUCGCUGCAACGCGCUCACCAACAUCAUCACCACCAACAACAACAGCAACCACAUAGCCAACAUCAUCAUCAUCAUCAGCAGCAACAACAACAUCAUACGAUGUCACAGCUUCAGCACCCAUAUCAUCAGUAUCCUGAUGCCUUUGCGGAUGCGCAUCCCAUGUAUACGUACAACAACAACAGCAGCAACAACAGCAAUCAUGCGAGUCGAGCGUCUCGUUAUCAGCGAGACUACGAUCCAGACUUUUGAGUGACGUAAAAGGAUAAAGAUAUAACGAGAAGAAAUAUUAAACUUAUAACUCAAAUAUAUUUUAGAAAAAAUAAUAAUUUAAACAAUAUUAAUCAACAGUGCGAAAAAGGAAAGUUAUUUAAUUAAAUAUGUACCUAUACAUAUACACAUGAUUGUCCUUUUUUUAGUUGUUAUAGUAAUCAAAA